AUGGGGGUGGGAGUCGUGAUACAGGGUUGGGAGUUGCGAUAUGGGGGUGGAAGUCGUGAUAUAGAGGUGGGAGUCGCAAUAUGGGAGUGGAUGCUGCGAUGCGGGGACUGCGCCACGCUGCUGAAGCACAUCGGGGCGCUGCCGCUGGAGCUGGCGAGGCUCUACUUCGCCGAAACCGUGCUGGCUUUGGAAUACCUGCACAACUACGGCAUCGUGCAUCGCGACCUCAAACCCGACAACCUCCUGAUCACGUCGCUGGGCCACGUGAAGCUGACGGACUUCGGGCUGUCCAAGAUGGGGCUGAUGAGCCUCACCACCAACCUGUACGAGGGGCACAUGGAGAAGGACGCCAGGGAGUUCCGCGACAAGCAGGUGUGCGGCACCCCCGAAUACAUCGCGCCGGAGGUGAUCCUGCGUCAGGGCUACGGGAAACCCGUGGACUGGUGGGCGAUGGGAAUCGUCCUCUAUGAGUUCCUGGUGGGCUGCGUCCCCUUCUUUGGGGACACCCCCGAAGAGCUUUUCGGGCAGGUCAUCUCGGAUGAGAUCCUAUGGCCGGAGGGGGACGAGGCUCUGCCCCCCGACGCUCAGCACCUCAUCUCCUGCCUGCUGCAGACCGACCCCCUGCGACGCCUGGGGGCGGGCGGAGCGCAGGAGGUGAAGGCUCACAGCUUCUUUGCGGCGCUGGAUUGGACCGGGCUGCUACGGCAGAAAGCUGAGUUCGUGCCUCACCUGGAGUCUGAGGAGGACACGAGCUACUUUGACACACGCUCGGAUCGUUACCCCCACGUCACCUCCUACGAGGACGAGGACACGACGGAGGAUGAACCCGUGGAGAUCAGGCAGUUCUCCUCCUGCUCCCCACGCUUCAGCAAG